GGAGAGGGAAAAUGUUGGGAGUGGGGGAAAGGCGUCAUAGACGAAGCGGCAUCUGACCUGGACCUGCAAGGAAACAGACUUCAGCCGCCGGAACGGCGGUGUCAGUCAGUACGCGUUAAGCAUUUGCCUGUGCCCUGUGCAAAGCGCCGGGGCCCCUGCUCUCAAGAAGCCUCCUAUUCUGUUUGGGGAGGCAACAUGCAAAGGACGAAGUCCAAACGAGCCGUUUGCAAGAUAAAUUGGAAACGAUAGAGGGCGGGCAUUGGCGUGAAGAAAGGAUGCAGAUAGAAAUUCCUUUGUAGGACUGGGGGGCUGGGACCUAGAGUAAAGGAAAAUUAAUUGUAUGAGGAAAUUAUGUGAUCCCAAUUGUAGAGGGCCUUGAAUGCUUGGAUUCAGCUUCAGAAUAGCGUUUUUGCCAAGGCAAAUUACUUUUUCCCCCUAUUAUUUGAUAAUGAAUUUUUUUUAAAAAGUUAAGAACCACUGCACAUCACCCUUCCCCAACUCCCCUACCCAAAGAAAAGGAAAAAAACAAAACAUAGAUUUUUAUAGUGAUCAUGCCCCCAAACAUCUCAUUCUUCAUACUGAUCCAUUACUUCUCUAUGAGGAGAUGAUUAGCAUUCUCAUCAUCAGUCCUCUGGAAUCAUGAUUAAUUAUUGCACUGUACUGGGUAUUUUUUAGUAAAUACUGAUAUUGAUGAAGAUCUAAUUAAGGUGUUUGAUUUUGAAAGAGAAGAGGCAGAAUCAGUGGAUAAAGAGAAAUUGAAAAUUUAGGGAGAAGAGAGUGGAUUUUAAGGAGCUGUUCCAUUAUGGAUGGAGGAGAUGAUGGUAAUCUUGUUAUCAAAAAGAGAUUUGUGUCUGAGGCAGAAUUAGAUGAACGGCGUAAAAAAAGACAGGAAGAAUGGGAAAAAGUUCGAAAACCUGAGGACCCAGAAGAAUGCCCUGAAGAGGUUUAUGACCCUCGAUCUCUGUAUGAAAGACUCCAGGAACAAAAGGACAAGAAGCAGCAGGAAUAUGAGGAACAGUUUAAAUUCAAAAACAUGGUAAGAGGCUUAAAUGAAGAUGAGACAAACUUCCUUGAUGAGGUUUCUCGGCAGCAAGAGCUAAUAGAAAAACAACGGAGGGAAGAAGAACUGAAAGAACUGAAGGAAUACAGAAGCACUCUUGCCAAAGUUGGAGUAUCUUCAGAUACCAAAAAGGAAGGAGAGAAAAAAUUGUCUCUGAAACCAUUAGAAACCAAGAACAAGUUUUCUCAGGCAAAGUUACUGGCGGGAGCUGUAAAACACAAAAGUUCAGAGGGCAGCAACAAUGUGAAGAGGCUGAAACUUGACACUGAACAAGAUGACCAGAAUCAAGACACUCCAUCCUGUGUGCCUCUUGGAAGUGGGUCCUUGAGUGGUUCUGCCAUUCACUGCCCCUCUGCUGCUGUCUGCAUUGGGAUCCUCCCGGGCCUCGGGGCCUACUCUGGAAGCAGUGACUCUGAGUCCAGCUCAGACAGUGAAGGCACCAUUAACUCUACUGGGAAGAUUGUGUCUUCAGUUUUCCGCACCAACACUUUCCUUGAGGCUCCAUAAUUCCUUCUGCCUGUGACUCCAGUGCAGGAGGCUCCUCCCCCAUGGGGGGGUUUGGACUCAUUUUGCCCUUGGAAUUACUUUCCUUGAAAACCUCUUUGCCUGCUUCCUGUGCACACAGCUACGUCUUUAACCUAGUCUAAGAAUAUGCUAGAAUCCUAGCUAUGGGAGCUAGAUGUUUUGUUUUCAUUUCCCAUUCUUGGUACAGGAGACUGUACCUGUUGUGCUGUCUUUUCACUCUACUCAGCUGGGUAAGGGGCAGGGCAAGUGAGAGAUCUGCUGAAAGCAUCUCCUCGAACAGAAGACAUCUGCUGGUUUGCAAAGGGUUUGGUUAUUUUUUUCCCUCCCCAGCAGAACUAAGGCAAAAACAGUUAUUGAACAGCUAUUGUUUGAAUAUUCUGUUAAGGCCAAUUUUACAGCAUCAUUUUGUUACACUGCAUUUUGGAGUGUGCGGAGGAAGAGAACUGAACCAGGUGAUGAAAUGGAGCACUCUCCCGACACUAACCAAUUCCUGAUGUUGUGUAACUAAAUAAAGAUUCUAAAUUAAUUUCUGUA